UCUAAGACCCAUGCUGAGCAAAUGGCGAUGCGCAAGCGGACAGCGGCCUUCAUGGUUUCUGCAGGAGAGCACGGGCGAAAGAAGGGCGAGCAGGAAGCUCCUGACGAUGUCUCCGUUUUAUCCGAUGAUGAAGAUGCCAUGAACGACUGGCUCAGCGCCAACGGCGGCGACAUUCAAGAUUGGCAAGAGGAAGUUCGUCUCCGACGGGCAGAAAAAGCAGCCACUGUCCCACAAAUGUCAGAAGAGAGGAAAUUCAAAUCUUACGUCGCAGAAUUAAAAACAGCCGUCGAGAGAUAUUUUUCCGGAGAUACAACUUCAUUAACGUAGCCAGUUUCAUUUUUAAAUAAACUAAAGCGAAUCUGAAUCAUAAAUAUUUAAAUUCACAAUGUCA